AUGCAAGCCAUCACAGCAAGAACCCGAAAAAUCGUUUGCCUUCUGAAAAACUAUGAAGCUCAUGCCAAGGAGAUGAAAGGAUCAGUUCCAUCAAAUCCCGAAUUUUUCUUAAAACCAACCACUUCUAUUCAAUUAUAUCAAGAUCAUCAGAUGAAUAAUCAAAAUUGUAUUCAAGUUAGCUCCAUUUCUCAUCUCACCAAUGAUGUUCAUCAUGAAGUCGAAUUGGGAGUAGUCAUUGGAAAGAAAGGUAAAAACAUUUCGGAACAAGAAGCAUUUCAUCAUGUCAAGGGAUUUUUUAUUGCUUUGGAUAUGACAGCAAGAGAUUUGCAAGCCAAAGCAAAAAAUCAAGGAAAACCAUGGACUGUCGCUAAAGGUUUUGACACAUUUUGUCCAAUAGGUUCCGAAUUGUUAAGCCCAACAACCUUGAUUAAGGACGGUCGAUUGAUAAAUCUUGCACUUUUUUUAAAAGUUAAUGGAGUCAUGAGACAACAUGGCUACACUGAUGAUAUGGUUCAUAGUAUUCCAAAAUCCAUUGCAGCCAUCAGUGAAGUGAUGACUUUGGAGGAAGACGAUUUGAUUUUAACAGGUACUCCAGAAGGAGUGGCACAAGUCAAACCUGGAGAUGUCAUUGAAUUUGGAGUGGAGGGUCAUACCAAAACAUAUUCGUUCAAUGUUGUGUAA